AUGAAGGCCACUUCCAUCGCCGUCGCCAUCUCUCUCGUCGCCCUCAGCGGCACGGCCUCCGCUGCCGACGGGUUCCUCGAGUCCUGCUCCAACUUCACCCUGAGGGACCUCAACGGCGUCAAGGGCCGCUCCCCUCUGCUCGGAGCCAGCUGCAAGGUCAAUGACACCGUGGCCUGGUCUCAGCUGAACCUCAACGACUGCUUCGGCUGGUCUGUCGACGACUGCGGCUUCACCUUCCCGCCGUCCGGCGGCUUCACCAGCACCGUCACCGGCUGCAACAACACCUUCUAUGGUGGCGACAUGCACUUUGGCGAGAACUUCGGGUGCUAUGGUCCGUGCGAUGGUAUUGGAAGCGACGAGUACUACGACAUCUUCGUUCUGAACUCCUUCAUCGGAACUUCGGACGGGGAGCUUGUCUGCUAA